CGAAGUGGACAUGAGUUGGUCGUCCAGAUGGUCGCCGUUACGGAUUAUAAUUUUCAUUUUACUCAAAUAUGGGACAAUGCAACCGACUCUGACGAUGGAGGAGACCUUGUUUUCGCGUCUGAUUGUCGCUGCCUCUCACACGGCAUUGUCCGGCGAUCUCGAGGUCUUUAUCAUGAAUUUAGGGGAGAGGAGAACAACAACAGAUGCACCUAGGAUUGAAACAACCACUGAGGAGGAGGCUGACAUUAUCAUGGAGCAGGAGGAGGGAGAGAUGGAUAACGAGGAGUAUGACUCCUGGAUGCCACCUACUCCGGAUCGUGAUCCCUUUGUUCUUAGAGUUAUGCGGCUCGAUGGAUUUACAUCGGAACUAGUUGGCGAGGUAACUGUCGAAACUCCGAUGGUUCAAACUGGAAAUGUCUCGCUCACUGUUCCGUGCGGAUUCUUCUCUCGUGGUGGAGCUUAUUCUCUUGUACUCGAGCGCAGCUCUGUGCCACCUACUUCAAAAUUCACUGAUUUCAGUAAUAUUCAGGUGAGAACAACUUUGGACGUGAGAUGGCCAACUCCAUCCCUCACUAUGGAGCCCCAGCACUUCAACACUUACCCCGAUCAGCCAGUUCUGGCGACCCUCGAGUACACUGGAAUCUCGUGUGCACCCGCCGAGGGACUCCCAGUUGACACUUACUCACUUCAGCUUAUCUACUGUGGGGCCAGUGUGCUGUCCUGUGAUCCGAGAAAUCGGAGUAUUCCUCAGAUGCUGUACAACGAGGAAAUCAAGGGAUUUCCGAUGCAAAAAAUUCUCUAUAUGCGAUGUGAAUUCUUCGGAUUAGCUGGCCAUUAUGCGCUGAGGUUAAAGCCGACCGAUGGGAACUCAACUGCACCGAUGAUCUCUGCAUACAUCAAGGUUGAAAUAUCAAACCAAUACGUUUUCAACGUUCACGCAAGAUCAGUCUACCCGUGCGAUGGAAAUUCAGGUGGUCUCUCAGUUCUCUUCGAGUAUCCAUCCUGUCGUCUUCAGGAGGAUCGUGUCAGGGUGUAUGGCCGCCUAAGGGCUGACGUAGCAUCCCUAGCACCACCAUCAACCCUGCACUACGUUGCUGAGCUUAAAGCACCACCUGGCAAGCACACACUAACAUUUGACUGUGAAAUAUUCACUGAGAAAUUUGUCGAGUACUGCUUUGUCUAUGUCAGCCAGGCGAUUAACAAUGCGAUGGCUGAAGUCAGAGUAGAUUGCAUUCCUACAUUUCCUGUUCAAGACAGUGAUGCGGGUGACUGGGGUCAAUGGAGCCCCUGGAGUCCCUGCAGCAGUACCUGCGUGGGUGGUGUUCGAAAUCGCUACAGAUUCUGUGACAAUCCACCACCGCGUUAUGGUGCUAAAUUCUGUCAGGGAAAAGCCGUGGAAACUGAGCCCUGCGGUGGCUCCGGUGUGCUGAAUCUAAACAGCAAUUUGACACCGAACGACUGGGAGUGCAAUCAUGGAAAGGGUCUGGCGGUUGAGAGGCCAGAGGUUACUGCGGAAAUUGGCAACAAGUGCCGGUGUGGUUGUCUUGUCAAUCUGCGAAAUGAAACUGAGAGGAGGAUAUUGGCUGCUAGCACACGAGCCUGCCCAGGACGAUCAUUCUGGUUGAUUCAGACUGAAGCAGAAUACGCGAUCAAACUUCACUUCGAUCAAACAAAGUUCCCGUGCCCUGGACAGUACGUGAGAGCACGAGACGGUGAUUCAUUGAGUGCUGAACUCUUAGCUGAUAUUGCAUUGGAUAAAAGUCCAUCAGAAUCUGGCACAAUAAUUUCGAGUGAAGAGAGACUCCUCCUCGAGUUCUUCAGCGAUGAAAUUGUGGUGGCCAGGGCAUCCUGUGUCGGUGGAUUUCUCGCUCAUGCCUCGAUAUUCUUGAAACCUCAGAUGGAAAAUGGAACAGCGGAUACAACCGCAGUCCUCAUUGGUCCAAAAGUCAUGGCUGCCGCCGGACGCUGGGCAAUGUGGCUUUCCCCAGCUCAUCUCGCUGCCGCAUCACUCCUACUACUCAUGUUUCUCGUCUCCAUCAUUCUCGCUCUGCAGUAUGCGGUCAAAUACAGGAAGUAUCAGGUUGCCGAGGAUCUGGACAGCCUGACUGACAAUUCAACCUGCAGUGGAUCUAUGCAGGGCUUGGCCAGACGUGCGAGAGCUAUUUCUUCAGCAACUUUAAUCUCAGAAGUUGUUUCCUUGGUUCGAUUAUCUCGGAGGGGAUCAUCGGGGCACGGACGGCUCGAGGAAACCACUGGUGAUCUUGAGGACGGCUAUGAAAGCACGGAGACUCAAGCGGAAAUGGAGGAGGCGCAGAGCGUGGAGUCAAUUACCCCACGACAAAAGGAUAACGACGAAAGUGGCUCUCAAAAAACUAUAGUGCCAAGCACACGAAGCACUCCAUCCAGACGUUCCUCCGUAUCAAGCACAGCCACAAUCGGCCAGCCUGAGAUCAAAUUCGCCAGACCAGUUAAACUCCGUACAGUUGGUCCAAUAAGUCCCGUGUCCGAGGAGGCAUCGAGUUCGGAAAACGAUCGACGAUACAGCACAACCAGCGGCUCCAACAGUGCGAAUAACGGAUUUUCCCCUGCCAGUACAUCCUCGAACAUCUCGACGCUGCGUUGUGGCAAGGAGACGAAAGACCGCAGGAACCGUGAGCGUCUGCUGCAGGGUCCAGGCUCUGAAUUCAGUCUAGCGAAUCCCGACACAGACCUCGAGCUCGACUACUACGACUACAACGUGGUGAAUGCCGGUGCAGCCCCGGGCUCAUACCUGGGCAUGGACCCGGCAUUUCUUGUGUGGAUACCCCCCCUGACCCCGGACUCAGAGCUCCUGGACUCCCUCAAGGAGGACCACCACUACGAGGAGAUUCCCGGUCGAAUGCCCCUCGACACAGAGGGCACAUCGCUCACCCCAGGUGAAUACAAAACGAUAAAAUACGAGCAGAACUCAAUUCCCAGGCGAUUGGACCCAGGGGAGUGUCGACUGCACGACGAAAUAAUCUCGGAAUACCGUGCACGUCUCAGCGAGGGAAUCCUCCCAAUUCACAGGAUUCUCGAGGAGUCGAGAACACGAAUAAGCGAGGAGUCUUUAUCACGUCCCAGCGAUAAUAAUCCUCAAGUUGACAUAAUUCCAAAUCGAUUGAGGGAUGAGGAUUACAAGGAGAGAGUUGGCGCCGAUGACUUCGAGAGACCGAGGAGUGCUAUUUGCCGGAGGGACAACGAGAGGAGAACUCCAGCUGCUAUUAGAAACAGAUUGCAGGAGUAUGUCGAUAACAGUGAGGGCAGUGAGGUGAUUAGGAGAUCGAGUGACGUUUCCAAGGGAUUGAUGGGCAAGAGGAGGGCUCUGAGACGAGACUCUUCCAGGGACAGUGAUCGAGAUGUCUGCGAGGUGAAGGAGGAGUUCAUUCUUCCGAGGACUCCUGGGUGUCAGAGGCGGUACAAGGACAUUGCGGAUUUUAAUGGGGUUGACGGGGGGGAGAGGAGGGGGAGCAAUGAGAGCAUUCCCAUGAGGGAGAUCAGGAGGAGCUGCGAGUCACCUGUCAGGGUGCACAGGUCCAAGGAGGCGAAGGAUAUUUAUAUUUUGAAGGAGAAGGAGGUGGGGAGCCCUGACUAUGGGGUCGAGUGUGAGGGGAAGGGGACGAGGGAGAGUUUCUAUGACUUCAUUGGGGAGGAUGAGGAUGGGAUCAAGUUCGCCGACGAUGAUGAGGAGGAGGGGGAGGGGUAUGUUGAUAAUAAAGUGGCGGUGUAA